CCCCCGGUGUCCGGCUCGCCUUGCAACGAGCAGCACCACAGGCAGCCAUGGGGCGGCUGCCGGGAGCCGCUUGCACCGCUUGGGCGCUGCUGCUGCUGCUGCAAUGGCGCGGCCCCGGGGUGCUCGCCGGGGGCUCCUGGGCGCCUAUGCACUGCAACGUCAGCCUGGACGUCGCGCCCGAGCUCCGCUGGCUGCCGGUGUCCGCGCGCUUCGACCCCGCGUACCUGCGGGCCGCUCUCGCCGGCGUCAUCGAUUCAGUUGUCCCCAAGUGGGUUCACGCUGUGAUUCGACCUAUAGCUGAAAAACUUGAAUUGUACGUCCCGGAACCGUUUGCUGGAGAGAUCCGGGGACUCUGCAAAGCUGUGGGGGUUAAUGUUGGGGAUGGGUUGCUACUCAAUUUGGCUUAUGAAUCCACCGCAUUCUGCACUAGCAUCAUUGCCCAGGAUAUUUAUGGAAAUAUUUACCAUGGCCGAAAUCUGGAUUAUCCUUUUGGAGAUAUUCUUCGCAAUAUUACCAUUGACGUGGACUUCUUAAGGAAUGGGGAGGUACAGUACACGGGCACUACGUUUUUUGGUUACAUAGGUUUAUGGACGGGACAAAGUCCGUACAAGUUUACAGUCUCUGGAGAUGAGAGAGACAGCGGUAGAUGGUGGGAGAACGCCAUAGCUGCUUUCUUAAACCGCGAUGUACCUGUCAGCUGGCUCAUGAGGACAGUUUUGAGUAAAGCUGAUAGCUAUCAGACUGCUUCUAUGAUGCUGGCCCAGACACCCAUAAUAGCCGGUGUCUAUUACAUCAUCGGGGGAACAAAGCCCAAUGAAGGGAUGGUCAUUACAAGGAACAGAAGAGGACCAGUUGAUAUUUGGCCCUUGGACGCAAUGGAUGGAGGGUGGUACCGGGUAGAAACAAAUUAUGAUCACUGGAAGCCCCCUCCGCCUUCUGAUGAUCGAAGAACUCCAGCUAUCAAAGCUAUGAACGCUACUGGCCAAGAAAAUAUUAAUCUUAAGUCCCUCUAUAACGUAUUGUCAAUGUAUCCAAUCAUGAACAAGGACACUGUGUAUACCACUGUAAUGAGUGCUGCACUACCUGAGAGGUACAUGACACGAGUCAGGUUCCAGAAGUGAAACUGUGAAAGGAAGAAGGAAACAGAAUACUUCUUUGGAAAUCAAUGAAUAUUGGGUGGAUUUUCUGCAGUGCAGCUGCAGAAUACAGGCACCGAACGCGUGUUGUGUUGAGAGCUCAAUAUUCUAAAAAUUGGGGAGGGGGGUAUUUAUUUAGGAAAUGUUUGUGCUACCUUUCUGCCUCUAAAUGACCACACCUAGGUUAGCUGACAAACCGUAAAACAUUAUCUUUAAAUCAUUUAGAAUCAUUAAAUAUCAGUUUAUGACCGUAUAAAAGGAGCAAUAAAAACAUUCGUUACGGGCAUUCAAAGGCCUUCUGGGAUUUAAAAAAAAUAAGCCUAGUUCAAGGGUUGGCACUCAUGCUGGAGGGUGGUUGAGAAAAUCCUUUGGCAGUUCUCUGCCAGCCUUACUACAGACGAUCCAGGUUCCUUCAGGAAAGUUCCACCCCAUAGAUCUUAACACUCAGGCAGACUGAUAUAUACAGGUUCCAAGUCCCUGUGAAUGUGAGGGCAGGAUUCAAAAUGUAUGGAUGUUGUCUGAUGAUACUUCAGAGAGCAGGAGAAAAGGGUGGGCCAGAGUAGGAUUUCUGACCAGAGAGGCAGGGCUGUUCGCCAUGUCCUCAUGACUAGCAAAAAGAGCACAUACUAUGCAAAAAUAAGCAGAUGUAGGCAAAUGUGUUUAAUUUAUACAGGUUGCAGAGUGCAGGUUUUUGUGGUAUUGAAUAUGGGUCACCGGAGCAGGUGACACUAGUGACCAUGGCAAAAAGAUUUAUAAUAACAACACUGGAAAUGAUUGAAACAUCUUCAAAUCGACAACAUCAACGUCUGUCAAAUUCAGAAGGCAACCCUGCUGGGAUCGGCACGAAUACUACACCGAUGCAUUACAAUGUCCUAAACCUCUGGAUGAGGCUCUAGUUGUAAUGAAAGACCGACAACCAGCUAAAGAACUGGCAGCUAUGAUAUCAAACAAAAUUUAAUAAUAGUAAUGUUAUUCCUUAAAGUUUUAGCCUUCAAACAGAGUUUUAAGAAAUCAAGAGUUUAAUAUUUUUAUAUGAUUGUGCUUAGGAUAAAACGAAUGUUUCUGCACUGAAUGGACUGGGAAAUAAAACUUGUCUAGCACAGGGG